AUGACGUCAUCCGUUACUGAAAUUGAGCCAUUACUGGCCAGUUCGAUGAGAGUUUUGCGCAAUCAAACCACACUUCAAGAUCUCAUUGCAGCUUAUCCAUCUUUGAAGGAAAAGUCUCUUGCAUCUCCUUUGAGCUUGACAGAGUUGGAACGUCGUGUGUUUCUUGAUCUUCCAGAUCCAGAAAUGGAAAGUGCAAAUAUAAGUGCAGCAACAAGUCUUUCGCGGGCUGAGUUAAUAGAGAAAGCUAUUACCGAUCGCGGUAGCCUCACAGACUCAGAAGUUUUAAUUUUGAAAGAUCGAUUCUGGACAUCCCCCACCCAAGAGGAGAACUCGAGGAUAACUGAUGGGUUCAUGGAUUUAAGUGAAGAAGCGGGCGACGAAUUUUUUGAUGCCAAAGCUCUAGCUUAUCUUGAAAACAAGGAAGAAGCUUUCAAUGUUGGCAUUCAUGAGUUCUGGGGACGCGAGAAAGCUGUGCGGAACUAUCAAUUAAACGAUGUACUUAAUGCAGCUUUGCCAUACGCGCCGGAAUGGAUAAAGCAGCUCUACAAGGAGGGAAAACAACAAUGGGGUUUUGUUUGUUUCUAUGAUGCUGCUGCUCAAACCAUCGAUGCAGAACGCCUUGAGGAAUUCCAAUUUGCCUUAGCAUGCACUUCGGUUCAAUGGCUCAAAAGAUAUCAUCAACGCCAAGUGGAAUAUAUGACGUUUAAUGCGCCAGCCACUGCCUUUGCGCAUACUGCAACUUCCAUGCAAACUGAAGAUCGCAGUGGUGGGAUUACUUUUCAGGACGUCGGCUCCCAAUUUCGAAAUGCAUUUAGGGAAAUUUUAGAAGACCCAGAAAAAUACCAAAGAAGGGAAGAUGUAACAUCGACCACUGAAUACACAGGUGAUCUUGAAGAUGGAAUUGCCGGUUCUGGGUUUCUCACAAAUACAUUUCUUGUGUUUGAUCCAGUUUGCAUCGACUUAGUGGUGGAAUCGGGAUAUUUCUAUGAUAACAUGCGUGUCUUAGCAUUCGAGGCCGAAUUUCCAGUGCCAGGAAGAACAUAUGUGGAAGGAUAUCAGGGUUACACAUGGGUGAGACUAGAUCAGUUGGUGUACUACUUCUACGAGCUGAGGAUAAAAAACGAGCUUGGCAUGGAUAAGAUAUGGGAAGCGGCGAAGAAGAGUCAAAAUAGUGCAUUCGUUAGCAUGGACCCCGAGGAGGCUUUGAAUUGGUCGCGUUCUAACCAUCAAACGACAUUCACGUCCGAUAGUAUACUUGGAAAAAGACGUUACAUCAUAAGAGAAGCUCAGAAGAGUUGA